AUGGACGCCACGCGCCGUGAGGGCAUGGGCAAGUCGUCGACUGGGCCGGGGUCGUCCAUGCGGUCGGCGGCGACGGUGCGGCGGCUGGCGAUGUACAAGACGCGGCCGUGGCGAAACAGCAAGGGCCAUGUUCUGCACACGGACCUGCAGUCCAAGGCGCUCCCCAACACGCGCAUCAAACCCGACCGCCGCUGGUUCGGCAACACGCGCGUGGUGGGGCAGCGCGAGCUGGAGCGGUUCCGCGAAGAGCUGGGUAGCAAGGUGUCGGACGCGUACACCGUCGUGCUCAAGCACCGCACGCUGCCGCUCUCGCUCCUCAACCACCAACCGCAGGGCAAGGCGCGCGUGCACAUAGUGGAGACGGAGCCGUUUCAGGACACGUUCGGGCCGGGUGCCAAGCGCCGCCGCCCCAAGCUGGGCGCCGCCGCCGAAGGCUACGAGUCGCUGCUGCAACACAGCGCGGAGAAACAGGAGUCGUUUGAGGGCAAGGCGGGCGGCAGCGAGGCGCUGACACGCGCGCAGGACGCGGAGGACGGCGUGAGGGCGGUGGUACGGCACAGCAUGUUCGACAAGGGGCAGAGCCGGCGCAUCUGGGGCGAGCUGUUCAAGGUGCUGGACUCGAGCGACGUGGUGGUGCAGGUGCUGGACGCCAGGGACCCCCUGGGCACGCGCUGCACCUACCUUGAGAGGCACCUGCGCGACAAGUGCCCUCACAAGCACCUGCUGCUGCUGCUCAACAAGUGCGACCUGGUGCCGUCGUGGGUGGCCAAGGGGUGGCUCAGAGCGCUGUCCCGCGAGUACCCCACGCUCGCCUUCCACGCCUCCAUCACCAACCCCUUUGGCAAGGGGUCACUGCUGUCGCUGCUGCGGCAGGUGGCGCGGCUGAAGAGCGACAAGCAGGCCAUCAGCGUGGGGUUCAUCGGCUACCCCAACGUGGGCAAGUCGUCCGUCAUCAACACCCUGCGCACCAAAAAGGUGUGUUCGGUGGCGCCAGUGCCGGGCGAGACGAAGGUGUGGCAGUACAUAACGCUGAUGAAGCGCAUCUUCCUCAUUGACUGCCCGGGCGUCGUGUACGCGGACGCGCGGGACAGCGAGACCAACGCCGUGCUCAAGGGCGUCGUCAGGGUCGCCAACCUCGAGGACGCCGAUCAGCACAUCCCUGACGUGCUCGCCCGCGUCAAACCCGCCUAUCUCACCCGCGCCUACGGCAUUGACAAAUGGGAGGAUGCAACGGACUUCCUGUCACAGAUGGCCAAGCGCACUGGCAAGCUGCUCAAGGGCGGGGAGCCGGACGUGCAGACAGCAGCGAAGAUGGUGCUGCACGACUGGCAGCGCGGCAAGAUCCCCUUCUUCACCCCGCCGCCCGACUCCGACGCUCUCCCUCACAAGGGCGCUGGGGGCAAGGCCGCAGGGAAGCAGGGCGCUGGGGGGGCGGAUGACGCAGAGGGGGUGGAAGGGGUAGGGGCAGAGGGGGAGGCAGGGGAGGGGGAGAGUGCGGAGCGGCGGCAGGUGAGUGAGCAGAUGGAGAAGAUGACUGAGGUGCUGCGCGAGGUGGCGCGGCGGCAGCAGAACAUGCGCAUUCCCACCAAUGCUGGCCUGGCUUUCGAUGAGGAGGACGCCCGGGGGCAGGGCACGACAGGCAAGUGGGUGAAGCGGAAGGGCGAGGGGGAGGGGGAGGAAGGUGAAGAGGGGGAGGAGGAGGAAGAGGAGUUGGAGGAUGAAGAAGUGGUGGAAGAGGAGGAAGAAGAGGAUAAGGAGGGAGAGGAGCUAGAGGAGGGAGAGGAAAUAGAGGAAGGAGAGGAGAGAGAGGAAGGAGAGGAGGGCGAGGAGGAAGAGGCAAAAGCAGAGGGAUUAGAGGAUUCAGAGAGGGAAGGUGUGGCAGGUGAAGGGAGAGAAGAGGAUGAGGUGGGGGAAGGCACAGUGGGAGGGUUGGCAGGGGAGGAGGUGUCGUGGGAGGAGCUGGUGUCGGGUGUGGGUCGGGCUGUGGCCCAGCCGGCCAAGAGGGGCCAGGGGGAUAGCGAGCAGCAGCGCCCCGCGGGCAGAGGGGGUAAAGGGGGCGGGGGGCAGCAGCAGGAGGGGGCGGGGCGGAAGGGGGAGCUGAGCAGAAGGGCGAGGGCAGCAGCAGCGAGGGUACAGAAGCAGGUGGAGGUGCAGGAGAGGAAGAGGGAGUGGAGUGGUGCACAGGACAAGGGCAAGGGGAAGGGCAAGGGCAAAGGCAAGAAGAGGAAGGACAUGUGA